AUGGUGGAUAUACUCGUUCUCGGUGCAACUGGCGUUACAGGUCGACAGGUUACGCGUUAUUUAAACUCCCACCCUCAACAUUCCCAAUUCACCCUGGCAAUAGCCGGAAGAUCCAGGAGGAAACUUGAUAAUCUCAUUUCGGACUUGUCUCUUCCAAAAUCUAUCCAGAUUCAAGUCGUGGACGUAACAAAUUUUGAACAAGUCGAAGCGUUAGUGAAAGAUGCAAAGAUAGUCCUCAAUACUGUUGGUCCAUACACGAAAUGGGGAUCUCCUGUUGUUCGUGCUUGUGCUCGCAAUGGUGUGCAUUACGUGGAUCUCACUGGAGAGCAGAUAUUCGUGAGGGAUAUCAUAGAAAAGUACGAUUACGUCGCCACUAAAACAGGAUCCAUCCUCGUCCCUUCGUGCGGAAUGGACUCUUUACCUUCUGACAUCGCCGUCCACAUUGCCAAUAAAGCUUUAAAACAACUUUCCAAAGAUGCCGUCGAACCUCUGCAAAUCGACACGUCUACUACUUCGCAUGAAUUGCACGGCGUUUUUUCGAACGGCACAAUCUCGACCAUACUAACAGCGUUUGGAAGUACUCCAAAGCACAAGCUCGCAGAAUCAUUGCGAGACUAUUACCUUAGUCCAGUUGAAGGCAAACCAUCUCCACCUCCACGUCUCAAAUACUCCAUGUCGCUUCCUAGCACCCGAGAGGCAGUAGUUGGUGGCUACUUCAUGAUGUCAAGUGCAAACAGAGCAAUUGUACAGCGUUCAUGGGGCCUUUUAGAAUGGAAUUCGCUGACGACUAAAUCUACUGAGGCCAAGAAACAGCGAUAUGGACCAAUGGUCUAUGAGGAAUUUAUGCGCCAGAAAAGCACAUUUAGCAGUGUCUUAUUGACUUUAACAUUACUAGUCGGGUUCAGUUUGAUGACACUGUCUCCGGUUAGAUGGUUUGUCGGGAGACUAGGCAUGAAAGAGACGAGCAUCGAUCUCGAUAGACAACUUGAAAGCGGAAGUUUGGAUGUCAUAAACGUAACCACUUCCCUACCCUCUUCAGCGUUCCCAAAACCUGUGAAGGUCGAAACCACUAUAUCCGCCAAGGGUGAUCCUGGAUACUACCUUUCUCCGAUCAUGAUGGCAGAAAGCGGGCUCGCUUUGCUGUUGGACAAACCAACGUUACCUGCGCUGGCGAAGAAUGGAGGUGUCCUGACUCCUGCAAUAGCGUUGGGCGAUGUUAUCGUCAAACGGCUUCAGGAAUUUGCCAAGUUUGAUAUCAGAUGCGAGGUGGUCGAUGGAGCUGGAGAAAGUCGCAAAACGAUUUAG